CAAUCCAAGCACAUCUUUCCACAGAAUAAACCAAUAGGCUUAUGUAUGCUCUUACAUCAGCAGCCAAGUAUACCUUACUGAAAUGAACUCGAAACUUUGCUCUACAUAACAGAAAUUGGCACCCUUCUUUACAAUUCACUUUCAUUGUUCCUUCUAUUCGUAUUGCUAUGGGUUCCCUAUCCGACCAACUUCACUUCGUCUUGUUCCCUUUCAUGGCUCAAGGCCACUUGAUCCCCAUGGUAGAUAUUGGUAGACUGCUAGCACAGCGUGACGUAAUUGUUACUAUAGUUACAACACCUCAUAAUGCAGGCAGAGUCCAUAAAUCUGUAGCCCGUGCCAUUGAAUCAGGACACCCUAUCCGUUUAGUGCAACUCCGUUUUCCUGGCAAAGAAGUAGGAUUUCCAGAUGGGUGUGAGAAUGUAGAUAUGCUGUCUUCAAAGGAGGACUUCUUCAAAUUCUUCAUUGCAGCAAACAUGAUGGAAGAAGCAGCUCAGAAAUUAUUUGAGAAGCUAACACCACGCCCCAAUUGCAUUAUUUCAGAUAUGUGCCUGUAUUAUACCAGCAAAAUUGCUAGCAAGUUUCAGGUUCCAAGGAUUUCUUUCCAUGGAUUUUGUUGCUUCUGUCUUUUUUGUUUGCAUAAUAUAAACUCCUCAAAGAUACUUGAUAGCAUAACCUCUGAUUCCGAAUACUUCACGGUGCCAGGCUUGCCUGACAAGGUUGAAUUUACUAAAGUUCAGUUACCGCUUAACUAUGAUGAAACGUGGAAGGAAAUUUUUGAACCAAUGGCAGAAGCCGACCAAGCAUCAUACGGGGUUGUCAUAAAUACUUUUGCAGAGUUGGAGUCAUCGUAUGUCAAAGAGUACCGGAAGGUAAGGAAAGACAAAGCUUGGUCUAUUGGUCCAGUUUCUCUUAGCCACAAAGAUGAGCUGGAUAAGGCUCAAAGAGGUAACAAGGCUUCAAUUAAUGAGCAGCAGUGUAUGAAGUGGCUUGAUUCUCAAGAACCCAGCUCUGUAAUUUAUGCUUGCCUUGGAAGCAUAAGUAGUCUGAAGCCUCCACAAUUGAUAGAGCUGGGUUUGGGGUUAGAGGCAUCGAACAAGCCAUUCAUCUGGGUCCUAAGAGGAAAUGAAACAUCAAAAGAAGUAGAGAAGUGGAUUAAAGAGGAUGGAUUUGAGGAAAGGACAAAAGCAAGAGGGCUGGUAGUUCUGGGUUGGGCUCCCCAAGUACUCAUUUUGUCACACCCAGCAAUAGGAGGGUUCCUAACUCAUUGCGGGUGGAAUUCAACAAUAGAAGGCAUUUCUGCCGGUGUGCCAUUGAUAACAUUGCCCCUCUUUGCAGACCAAUUUAGCAAUGAGAAAUUGGUAGUACAAAUACUGAAAAUUGGUGUGAGCCUAGGAGUCGAGAAACCUACCGUGGGAGGAGAAGAAGAGAAGGCUGGGUACAUGUUGAAGAAGGAAAAUAUUAAAAAAGCAGUGGAAAAAUUGAUGGAUGAAGGAAAUGAAGGAAGUGAUAGAAGAAAACGAGCUAAAGAGUAUGGAGAGAAGGCAAAGAAGGCUGUUGAAGUGGGGGGAUCUUCUUACCUAAAUAUGACACUGUUAAUCCAAGAUAUCAGGCAACAAUCUCAUAAAAUGUGUUGGGACUUGGGUCCAACCUCUCAAUCACAUGGUGAGGAGAUUUAGGGUGAGAGGUACUAUUUCCUUUUUGAUGUUUACAUAUUUUGAGUGAAUCUGCAAUAUAUUCGGUUGUUUGCUUAUAAUCAAAGUGUAUAUUAGAACUCAGUGUUUUUGUCUCUUCAAAAUCUCAAUAUGCCAAAAAAGAGAAGAAUGGAUGAAAAUAAAUUGGUUGUUUCAGUUUCAACUUUCAACCCAUGUGGUCAUUUGUGAAUCCACUUACCUCAUUAAUAUUUGGAUUCAAGCGUCUAUCAGGAAAUAAAACAAAAGAAAUGACAACUGAAAGA